UCAGUUCAAAAUCCAGUCUCUCCCUCAACUCUCACACGGACUCAGCCCAUCUCCACUCUCCUCCUCACUGUCGCAGUCCCUGUCUCACCCUUUCUCUCCCUCGCUGUCGCAGCCGCCGUUGUUCAUCACCCGUCUCCCACAGUCACACUUCGAAGCUGUUGUCCGUCGUCCUUCGCGCAGCUCGCACCCGCUGUCAUCCUCCGCGGUUGAGCUGAAACUGAAAAGUGAAAAGGCAACAAAGAACAAGGCAACCCCGCAGUCCCGCAGCCCACAGCCCCCUCAGCCACCGCAGCCACCGGAGCCCCCGCAGUCACCGCAGCUCCCGCAGCCCCACUUCAUUGUCAUCGCGGAACUCUCCUCUGCUGGAAAGCUCCGUCGCCAAGGAGGUAGAACUGCAGCAGGAGGACCUUUAAGACUGUGUUCUGAUAUUGUCAAUGGAGAAGCUCAAUUAUUCAAUGGUCAAUUAGCAUCAACUGUUAGUUCUUUGCAGGCCACACUUUCUGGUUCUACCUUUCAAUUCAUUGAUUUCUGUGCUGCACUGCCCAAGAUCAUACAAAAUCUUUUUAGUUCAGGGUCUAUAAAUGUUGCAAACGGAUGUUGUGGGACUGGACUGUUAACAGUUGAGUUGAGAAUUGCUGCAAUGUCAUCUCUUGUUCAGCACUUGCAAGCUCCCACUUCCAUCCCUAAAACCCUGAUCUCGAUUUUCUCAUUCCCUUUCUCCCCUCCCUUCCUUUCUACUAUUUCCAUCUCCCGUCGGACACUCCCCUGCUCCGCCCUACGCACCACCCACGACCGCCACGAACCGUCCCACAAACUUGACCACCACGAAUUUUCCGACACUGACAAUGAAGAUGAAAAUGAGGAGCUUGAUGUCAACGCGCUAGAGCAAGAAGCCAAGGAGGCUGUCGAAGCUUACUCUACCUCUCUCUCACACAUUCUCACCAUUGAUGACGAGAAAAAUGAUAUUAAGCAAACAGCUAAAAGACACAAGAGGGGUAAAAUCGGAGCUAACAAUGUCAGGAUCCCUGACAACCUUCUCCCAAGAGUUGCAAUUGUAGGGAGGCCAAAUGUUGGCAAAUCAGCCUUGUUCAACCGUCUUGUUGGGGGAAACAGGGCAAUUGUGGUGGACGAACCUGGGGUGACUAGGGAUCGCUUGUAUGGUAGGUCCUACUGGGGAGACCGUGAAUUCAUGGUGGUGGACACAGGCGGGGUUCUUACUCUUUCAAAAUCACAAGCUAAUGUUAUGGAAGAUCUGGCUAUUACUACUACAGUUGGUAUGGAUGGUAUUCCGCUUGCCACUAGAGAGGCUGCAGUUGCCAGGAUGCCAUCAAUGAUCGAGAGGCAAGCGGUUGCAGCUGUCGAAGAAUCAUCUGUUAUUGUUUUCGUCGUUGAUGGUCAGGCAGGUCCAUCGGCUGCUGAUGAGGAGAUUGCGGAUUGGCUUCGUAGAAACUACUCAGAUAAAUGUGUCAUUCUUGCAGUUAACAAGUGUGAAUCUCCACGCAAAGGAAUUUUGCAGGCAUCUGAAUUUUGGUCCCUUGGGUUUGAACCAAUUCCAAUAUCAGCUAUAUCAGGCACUGGAACUGGAGAUCUUCUUGAUCUUGUUUGUUCAGGGUUGCAAAAAGUUGAGGAGCCAAACAAUAUUGAUGAAGAAGAAGAUUAUGUUCCUGCAAUCUCAAUUGUUGGCAGACCAAAUGUUGGCAAAAGUAGCAUUUUGAAUGCACUAGUUGGUGAGGACAGAACAAUAGUAAGCCCUGUCAGUGGCACUACACGUGAUGCCAUUGAUACUGAAUUUACCGGACCAGAUGGCCAGAAAUUCCAGCUUAUUGAUACUGCCGGAAUCAGGAAAAGAGCAGCUGUAGCCUCAGCUGGAAGUACCACAGAGGCUUUGUCGGUGAAUAGAGCAUUUCGUGCUAUUCGCCGUUCUGAUGUUGUUGCCCUUGUAAUUGAGGCCAUGGCUUGUAUCACAGAACAGGACUACAAGAUAGCUGAAAGAAUAGAACAAGAAGGGAAAGGUUGUGUAAUAGUUGUUAACAAGUGGGAUACAAUACCAAAUAAGAACCAGCAGACUGCAACAUACUAUGAGCAAGAUGUCAGAGAGAAGCUUCGAAUACUUGACUGGGCUCCAAUUGUUUAUUCUACUGCAAUAGCUGGCCAUAGUGUUGACAAGAUUAUUGAUGCUGCUAGUGAGGUUGAAAAGGAGAGAUCAAGAAGACUCGGAACUUCUAUACUAAAUCAAGUAGUGCUGGAAGCAGUGGCUUUUAAGCCUCCUCCUAGGACACGAGCUGGUAAAAGAGGGCGUGUUUACUAUUGUACACAGGCUGCUAUAAGGCCCCCUACAUUUGUGUUCUUUGUCAAUGAUGCAAAACUUUUUCCCGAGACUUACCGCCGCUAUAUGGAGAGGCAACUGCGUACUGAUGCUGGUUUUUCUGGUACACCCAUUCGACUUUUGUGGCGUAGCAGAAGGAGAGUGGGAAAAGAUGAAGGCAAAGCACAAGAAUCCAAAUGAAUCUUUCAUCAAUUGAUUAAAAUUUGGCAUCAAUUACACUAUAAAGAUCAGACAUUUUAUCAUGGAAAAAGUGGUUCUGGUUCUGUUUGUGUUGGUCAAAAAGAAGGGGUCUUAGAAUCAGCAAUACAAAGAUUGCCCAAUACGUGCAAGCUGAAAUCUAUCAAGACUAUUGAAAGCUCCAAAAUGAUGGGAAAUGCGCCUGAAAUGUGGAUGAUACUAACUUAUUAUUUACAGUGAUCAGAAUGUUUUUGUAAUCCUUAAGCAUAUUCAAUCGUCAACAAAUACAUUGUAAAUUUAUGUAUAGAAGUUGUUACAUCAAAUAUAUGUUAUUCAAUUACCAAGUAUUCAAUCUUUUUAAUGCUGAACAUGCAAUUAGUGAUGGUUAAACAAAUUGUUACCAAGUAAUUGUUACCUUUAUGCCAUAUAAUAAGCUAGGCUACAUCUUACUUUGCCACUUGGGAGUGCAACACGGCCAAGUGACUUAGCCAAUCACCAUCAGCAAAUACAAUACAGGAAACAUCAAAACUUACAAUUCUGACCGCAUUAACUGUCUAAGGAAAGUAGGUAUGGUAUGAGGAUUUCAUUGACAUCUUCGUUAUGAUAUACCAAGUCGCUUUUUUUGGGGUCUUGAUAUACUAAGUUCUUUUAUCUGCAGAAACGGUAUUUUCAUUGUUUUGUUUUUAAAUCUGCGGGCCUCAAACACAUUUGUUACCCAACAUACUAAGAAUAAAACUUGAUUCAAUACAACAAACCGAAACCUAAACCCAAAAUAUUUGACAAUAUCCAUUUGGAGCUAACAAAUUAAUUAAUAAAUUACCAUAAGCAUUAGGUAUAGUAUGAUUUUCUAAUGCAUCCAAGCACUUCUUCCUCUUUAUAAUCGGUAACUACUAUAUUUUCAUACACUUGUAGUUCUAGGAACUUCAAUUUUGUUUACUUACUAGGCAUUAAACUUAUGUGAGGGAAUCUUAGAACAAUGAAUAACUAGAGUUGAUUCCGUAUCACCCAAAACUACGGAUUCAAAUUGCGGAAUUAGUGAUAUAAUUCUCAUGUUAGACUACCUAUAUUAUACUCUAAGUACAGCCUUUUUUCCAAUCCUGCAAUAAUGCGAAAUAC